AUGCCUGCCCAGUCGAAAUCGGCCCCAACUCCCUCUCGCUUUGCGGAGAAGAUGGCCAAAAUAAAAAUUCCAGGAUUGCGGAAAUCUCGGACCAAUAUGGCUUCCAAAUCCAGUUCCGAGGAGUCUUCUCUUAAAACAGCUUCCUCGUCUUCAGUCCUGGAGGAGAAUUCCGGCAGUGGGUUUUUCAGGACGCAGUCGAGCAGCUCACUGAAUCUUACCGAUCGCACAUCUCCUGAGCGACGGCCUCGUAUACCAAGACCUACAUCGGAGCUCAUAAAUUCGAGCCAUGUGCCUAGCUUUGGGAGUAGUGGAGUUGCCAGAUCUUCGUCACUCCCUAUUUCGCCAUUUGCACCUCGCUUUCUUUCGGUCCAAGAGAACCAAUGGGUGCAUCAGAGUGUCUUGCUUGUAUUUGGACAGGUUGGGCUACCUGAACGUCCAUGUGACGGAAUGAUAACUGUGCAUCAUCAUUUGGAAGGAUACCCACCGACUCAAUGGCCAGUUAAUUGUGGAUACUUCAAGGUUUUGGUACAUCUUGACCCUGGUCCAAACAGACUGCGUUUUGACUUCACAGGGGCAAAGAUUCCCUGUACUAGCUCAAGCGUAGUCGUCAAUUUUUUGCCUCUCACAUCUUCCCCUCCAUUGUAUUUGGCCAUAGUUCUAGCUAAAGAUUCACCGGGCGAGUAUGAAUGCCAAAGUGACCGGAAGCAGCGAGAGGGAAACGAUAUCCGCAUGGCGAAGCGGAAGCUUAGAAUGGCAGCCUACCUUGCCCAAGCUUUUACAGGAGAGCAGAUGUAUAGAAAUAGACUAGGACGAAGAUGUUUUCGAUUAGAGGAAGAAUGGGCCGAGGAUUCACUGUCAAACAAAGAAAAUGGCGUAAUGCAUAGCAUCGCAAAAGUACAUGUCAUACGAUCAGAAAAGACAGUAGCUGAAAUUCAAAAUCUAGAGACUGCCCGAGACGGUGCUGCCCUCUUGGAUAUUGCAUCGGCUGCAGUUGAUAAAUAUUUUCAAUACUUUCAAAAUCUGUCCGUAAAUUCAAAGCGGCAUGUCGCUGUCCUGAUGUUCGACGCCAAAGAUGAUCUGAGAAUCGAGGGAUUGAUCAAUCAUUCGGCACUAAGUAACGAGAUUGGCGUGUGUGGGACUCGUUCGCUAUAUACAUUCCCUUCCUGCCUUGAAGAGGUUGUUCCAGCAUUCACGGACUGCACACGCAUCGAAGGUAAUUCUACUAGCGUAAAUGAAACGGCCGAUCUCGGGAGCUUUUGGGAAGCAGCUACAUCCGCAAUGGGUAACAUGAUAGAGGCUUUUAUAAGUCCACAGCCGCCCGUUCAGCCUCGUGAACUUGAUCGCAUAAAUAGAACAUUUACAACCAAGGAACCGUAUUUGUUCAAAACAAAAUCUGCUGGCCUAAGGAUAUGUCUUCCUCAAGAAGAAUGCAAUUGGUCUAGGGUUGAUUGUCUUCGAUUGCGCCACCACCCAUGCUUCCGCCUUCCAACAGAUCCGGUAAUAACAGCUGGACAUGAUAAUCCCCAGAUUUAUGCCAUAGAGAACGGUAUGUUCGCUAGUGCAAGUAGUGGCAUAUUUCUGGUAGAAAUCUACACAGACGAUACCUAUCGGGCACAUUUGGAGUUCACAACAAAAAUUGAACGGGAAGUACAAUUACUCGAAAGCGAGCUUCGCGAGAAGCUGCCGCAAGAUUGUCGAUCGAAAGUAAUAAAACUCAAGAUCUAUUCAGCAGGCCAAGGGCAAACUAUUAUCGAUGAUUUUUCUGCAACGAAAGGGGCGAAGGUUCAACUUCCUAACGGAUACGGGGUGGCAUAUAAAAGUUCCUCGUUGGGGCUUUCAGACACAGACGGAUCUAAACCGCAGGAAGUUUAUCUGCACACGUUGACUCCAGGGAGGAUUCUCACAAGUAUUAGGGGGGAUAAGAAUGAUCGGAAAACAGAAAUCUCGGAUUUCUCGUUGGACACUAGAAAGGGGGAAAGUCUUUUAGGUUUCAGCGUUCGUGCCGGGUCAUGGGUCGACGGCAUUGAAAUUCUGACUAGUUUGGGUCGCCGCUCCCCUUUAUUUGGGAAUCCCCAUGGGGGAACUAGUAGCACUUUAAUACCCCCACGAGGUCGCUCAAUUGCUGGAGUUUCCGGUAGUUGCGCCCAGUGUGUCGAUUGCUUCUCGAUCCUUUAUAAAUAA